AUGGGAAGCUAUUACACCUUGUUGAAUGCUUUGAUCGAGGACGGACGGAUUGAGGAAGUAGAAGAGUUAUUUGGAAUGGUAUUCUCACGAUAUAUGGAGGGUUUGCCUCGUACAUUUUUCAUGAGAAUGAUUUCUUUCUAUUACAGUGCUGGAGUGUAUGAUAAGAUGUUUGAGAUUUUUGCUGAUAUGGAGGAACUAGGCGUAAGACCUGAUGGUUCUAUUAUCAGGAUGCUAGGUGAUGUAUUUCAGAAGUUAGAGAUGAUGGACAAAUAUGAAAAGUUAAAAAAGAAAUACCCACCACCAAAAUGGGAAUAUCGAUACAUCAAAGGCAAGCGCAUCAGAAUGAGAGUUUACCCCAAUAGUAAAACUGAAGAGGCAACAAAAGGAGACCCUGACACUGAUGAACUCGAAGAGGUGGAAAGUAUACACCUUAAUAAUAAUCAAUUGGAAGAAGCAGCAAGCUCAGGCCCUGACAGGAGCGUAUUGGAUGAUGUAGCUUCUGGAGACCUUGAAUAUAUAUAG